AUGUUUGUGAAUAAUCAAAAUAAAAAGAAACAGGUUGUAAUACGUAAAGUAGCAUUUCCUCGAACACAACGUGACGAGAAUGUCGUUGCGCCUAAACAAAAUGUUACCCGCGAGACAACGUCUAAACAAAAUGUUAUCCGCGAGACAGCACCUAAACAAAAUGUUACCCGCGAGACAGCGCCUAAUAUAUCCAAUGCUUUACUACAGAAAAAGACUAGUAAUAUAUAUGCACAACAAAAAAGAACUGCAUUGAAUGAUGUCAGCAAUAUUAGCAACAUUCCGGUUAUAAACAAUAAGCAUGCAGCAGUCAAUCAAUCGAAUUUCUUUGCUGUGAAGCAAACUUCGAGAGAAUUCGCCGAUAUUCAACCGUUAAAACAAACCACUGGCAUUGUGGCAAAAAAACGCAUUGCUCUCGCAGAACGUGUUAACAUAUCAGUUUCUGCUGCAAACCAUGUCAAACAAGAACCCACAAUUAUCAAUGCUGACAUUGAUAAAAAUCGCGCCAAGAAAUCCAAAACACAUGAAUGGGAUGACCUUGAUGCUGACGAUCUGAGUGAUCCCAUGAUGGUAUCCGAGUACGCCGUAGAAAUUUUCGAUUAUCUUAAAGGACUAGAGGCCGAAACGAUGGCAAAUCCCAGUUAUAUGGAUAUACAAUCGGAGUUAAGUUGGAAAAUGCGAGGCAUUCUUGUUGACUGGUUAAUUGAAGUACAUAGCAAGUUUCGCUUGCUUCCAGAAACCUUGUUUUUGGCUAUCAAUAUUAUAGACCGGUUUCUUUCAGUUCGUGUCGUUUCCCUAGUUAAACUUCAAUUAGUGGGAAUUACAGGUUUAUUUAUUGCAUCAAAAUAUGAGGAGGUUUCGGCUCCAUCAAUCAAAAAUUAUAUUUACAUGGCAGAUAAUGGUUACACGGAAGAUGAAAUCCUUAAAGCAGAACGAUAUGUCCUUCAAACUAUUGACUUCAAAUUAUGCUAUCCAAAUCCCAUGAAUUUUCUUCGACGAACUUCCAAGGCCGACAAUUUCGACCUCGAAUCUCGCACUGUUGCCAAGUACCUUAUGGAAAUAUCACUUGUAGAUCAACGUUUCUUAUCCAUGACUCCCUCUAUUAUCGCAGCAGCAGCCUUGUACUUAGCUAGGAGAAUGCUUGGUCGUAGUGAAUGGAACGCCAAUUUAAUCCAUUAUUCGACAUUUAACGAAGAAGAACUUCAACCGUGUGUAACACUGAUGCUUGAUUACUUGGUGAAGCCUAAUAAGAACGAACAGUUAUUCAAAAAAUACUCGGUUAAAAAAUUUAUGAGAGUGAGCAUUUAUGUGAGAGACUGGGUGGCAAAACACGUAGUCAGUUGA